AAAACUUUCCUAGCCCCCCCCCCCCGACUCAAGGCGGCAGGUCCGCAGCCAUGCCCCGCCGCAAAAACCGCUCCCGCCACAUCCUCCGGCCCAGCACGCCCACGCACACGGCCACCAACGAUGACUCCGGCUCCGGCGACGGUGGGGGAUGGUCCACCAUCCCCGGCCGCCACCGGGGCACGUUGCAUCUGCACCUUUCCAGCGCGGCACCCUUCCCCACCCCUCCCACCACCACCACCGCCACCACCAGCGCGCACCCGCCCCGCUCGCAAGGCGACCUCACCGCGGCACUGAGCCGCGCGCAGCGCAUGCUGGACGGCCACGCGCUGCUGCGGCCGCUGCACGAUGCACUGCCGAGGGAUGUGCGGGAUGUGCGGGAUGUGUGGGAAAUACUCGUGCUGGGGCUGGGGUCGCUACAUAGUGCUACCGCGCCGUCGUCGAUGCUGCAACUGGCUAUGGUGUUGAGUAUUCUGCCGUGGCUCGAGGGUACUGGUAAAGCGCCGGAGAUACGGUUUGUGGAUCCUGUCUUUACGAAUGAAGAUUUGGAGUUUUUGGGGCAGUUUGGGGGGGCUACGACUUCUACGACUUCUACGGGGGCGGGGGCGGGGGCGGAAGGGGAAGGGGAAGGGAUGACGGAGCAGGAGAAGGAAGAGUCGAAGGAAGAGGUAAAGGAAGAGGCAAAGGAGGCUACGAAGCCGGCGGCCGCCCAGGCGUCAACAAUCCUCCUCGCCCCCCACCUCGACUUCUCCGUCCUACACUCUUACUUGUCCCAUUGCGCAUCUACAUCCACCAUGCCAUCCGUGAUACUCUCCAACGACGUGCGGCGAUUUCUAGAGCUACGUAUCGGCGAAGAAUCCGAGUGGAAGGUGUUUCGCCGGUUGAUGCGGGAAGAGGGGGAGUACGAGGAGACUUCUGUCGUCGUUGGUGGGGGAAAGGGCAGGGAGCGCGGAGAGGAGACGACCGAGGAGCUGGGCAGGGCGUUUAAUGAUUUGGCGGUUUAUAGGCGCGUGUGAUGUGAGGUGAUGUGAUGUGAUGGGUGCGCUGGAUGGAGGGGAUAUUAGAGGGGUAUUAGAGGGCGUUAUGGGCGUUUUGCUUUGGAUAUCUACAGACGAGGUUUGAAGGAGUGUCAAUCAUCUGUGGAGGCGGGUAGGUCAUGCAACAAAGUAUGUACCGAACAGUCAAUUCAUCGUCACAAACGAAGGGUAUUCCUUUACUACUACUACCUAU